AUGGCUUCAAAUGGUUUGGCCGUCCCUGUCCCUGCGAACUACCUCGAAAACGGUCGCCUGUAUCAUGGCUACCGCCGCGGCAUCUACCUGUACCCGUGCGAUGAGCUCGAGAAGGACCGCAUGGACAUCUACCACAAGCUGUUUCUCGUGGCACGAAGAGACCAUCUGCACCAGGCUCCGUUGCCGCAACAGUGGGAGGCCCGCAUCCUUGACUUGGGCUGUGGUACCGGCAUCUGGGCCAUUGACAUGGCAGAGCCGCUGACAUUGCAAUUGAAGGUUCUGGGACUUGAUCUGGUAAAUAUUCAGCCCGAAAAGAUCCCACCAAACUUGCGCUUCCGCAUCCCGCGCGACUACGAGAGCCCAUGGACGCUGGGCCAGGAUUCGUGGGACCUGAUCCAUCUGCGCAUGGCCUGCGGCAGCGUCUCCAGCUGGCCUGAGCUGUACCAGAACAUUUUCACGCACCUCAAGCCAGGAUCUGGCUGGAUCGAGCAGGUCGAAAUUGACCUGACUCCCCAGUGCGACGACCACACUCUGGCCGCAGACAGUCCUCUCGUGAAGUGGUACGAGUAUCUAGCCGACGCUACCCACCGCGCCUCGCGUCCUAUCGCCUACCAACAGCACACCCGCCAAAUGCUGCAGGCUGCCGGUUUCAUCGACAUCCAGGAGCAGAUAAUACGAGCGCCGUACAAUUCGUGGCCAAACGACCCGCAUCAGAAGGACAUUGGCCGCUGGUACAACCUGGGCAUCACCGAGGGCCUGGAAGCAAUGAGUUUCGCGCCCUUCACGCGGGUCAACCGAUGGGACUUGAACGAGCACGUCCGGCCGCUGUGCGAAGCCGUCAAGACGCAGAUAUGUAACAGGAAGAUUCACGCGUACAACAACAUACAUAUCUGGACCGCACGCAGGCCGCAGCAAUAA